AUGGCUAAGGAGAAGGUAGAAAAGAAAGAAAAGGUGGAUAAGAAGGCCAAAGUUGAAAAAACAGAAAAGAACAAUAAGAAAGCGAAAAUUGAUACGAAAUUGACGGUUCAAAAGAAAGAGAAUAUCGAUAAUAAGGGGAAGCCAGAUAAAACGGUACCAAGAAAGGUACCUAAAUUGGAAAAAAUCAUUAGCCAUGAAUGGGGACCAGGUAAGCAUCUUUAUUUGAAAGUUGUGUAUGAUAAUGGCCUUCUUCAAUUACUUCCUGUUGCAAUUGUUAACAAAAUGAAACCUGAUAUGGUUAAAACUUAUCUUAACAAGAACCUCCCAAGCUAUAUACAUGAGAUAAAAGAUGAUGAUCAAGUUGGUUCUAGUUCUGGAAGAAAAAGAGAAAGGUCAGAAUAG